AGGAGGUGUGUCCCAUCGUGUUGAUUAGCCACGCGAUUCGAGACCAGUCACUCAUUUCAUUCAAGUCUGUCGUACGCAUUGUCGAGUUAUCUUCGUAUCACACACACACAAUGGGAAAAAGUAAGGUUUACCGAUCUUUCGACAAAAGUAACAUCAAAUGCGUGUUGGUUGGGGAUGCUACCGUAGGAAAGUCUUGUCUGGCUCACAGGUUAGCUACACACGGAUUCACGGAGGAAUAUACGCCGACGAUGUUCGACAACUAUGCUGCAACUACAACUGUGGAUGGAAAACCGUACAUUCUGAGCAUUUUCGACACGUCUGGCCAAGAAGAAUUUGAUCGUCUUAGAGCAAUGGCCUACUUGAAAUGUGAUGUGUUUUUCGUCUGCUUCUCCGUCGCCAGACCCGAGUCCGCGCAAAACGUUUUGUCCACGUGGAUCCCAGAAGUGACCCAAUACUCCCCGGAUUCUGAAAUCAUCCUCGUCGGCACGCAGAUAGAUCGUCGGGACGAGGACGAGUCGACGUCAUCCAGCGUCGUGAGGCACGACUUCGUGUCCACCAAGGAAGGGCUCAAUCUAGCGACGAAGAUCGGAGCUGACUAUGUAGAGUGUUCUUCGCUCACUGAAGCUGGCAUCAGUCGACUCAAGGAAGCAGCAGUGCAUGCAGGUCUGAACUCACACAAACCAACAGACCAGUCUUGUUGCGGAUCGUGUGCCAUCGUCUGAGAGAGAGAGAGAGAGAGAGAGAGAAGACAGUAUUUUGUUCAAGAAUCGUCUUGAGAAGAAAAGGCUUAAACGUUUUUAAUUACCGAAGUAGAUUUGCCUUGGAGCAAAUUCUGAAAGGUAUAUUCAAGUUCACUACCGAGAGUGUUGGAUUCUUCAUGGUUUGAUGACGAUCAUUCGAACUUUCAGACGUCCAUUUUAUCCUCCGGUUUUUGUCGAGAUCAAACACAUAUCUGAUGACAGAUCUGACAUGUUUGAUUGAUGAAUGAAUGAAUGACACUGACAGUAACAAAAGUACGUUUACUAUGGUGCUUAGCGUUUAUUGCGUGUGUAAGGAGGGCAACUCCUUUGAAGCACAAAUUUUAAACCAAUUUUAAUCAUUCCACAUAAACACUAUGAUAGCGCCGGCAUAGUUUUGUCAGAGUCGGUUUUGUAACAUGUAUGUACAAAGAUGUUUGAAGAGGGAAGUGUACAAUUUAAUUAAUAUACCCACGUUCAUGUGUGAGGUAAAGUUUAUACAUCAGCUUGCCGUGGUUUUGUCACGAAAGAAUUUUUUUUUUUUUUUAAAUGUUUUUUUUUUUUUUUUUUUUUAUGUAUAUUUAAAAAAAAACCCUUGAUUUCUAGUCACUGGAAAUGAUCUGUUUUUGUUGAUUAAAAACCACGUGUAUACUGUGAUAGAUAACUUAUGCCACAUCUUUAACAGGAUGUGAUAUCUGUGAUAAUAUUUUGUACUGUCAGUAUUAAACCACGUCACCUCUUGAAAUAAGUACUGUAGGCAAAAACGAUUGACGUGAUGUUUGUGUAUGGAGUGCGACAGUUAUCACCGCAUCCGGUGUGGUUAAGAUAUCCAACUCAUGUGCCUUACGUAGCCAGGAAUGACGUAUGGAUGCUCCAGUUCAGUCACGAUCAUCAACUAGUGUUGAAUGGCUGGUGGUGUUAUAUAUAUAUUUUUGUUUAAUUUAUUUUUGUACAAUUAUGUUCAUACUUUUUUUCACCACAAUUUCAUAGAAAUAAAUACUAAUGAAAACUAAAA